AAUUCCAAAACCUGUUCGAAUUCGAACAUAUGUUUACUAACAUUUUCGAUUUGUUUUCACGUCCUAAAGCCGCCGUAUCGAUUUUGGCAUUGAAUUCAGGAACACCUCGUAUGUGAACAGAAAAAAUGUGUAUUUCUUCAGACUUAAAAUUCAGGGAAUGCAAUCUUUUAAUUGUUUAUUUUAAUUGCUGUCAUUUCGAAAGGGUUGCGAGGAGAGCCGGCGAUUCAAGAACGACCACGAUUCUUGCUUGGCAUCCCGGAAGCGCCGAUUGCGCGCGUCGACGGACGGCGUCGCGACGCGCCGACGUGGUCGCUCGCGCCCGUUUCCUCUCUCUCUCUCUCGCUCGCUCGAUCAGCACGUGGCAUCAAAGAGAAGGAUAUACAUCAGGGUGGUCGGUCUUCCCGGCCAAACGACGACGACCCUCGUUCCGUUGUCGUUCAUCCGCGCGCGCGGAUUCAACAGUUCACUCUCCGCGAAUGACACCGUCAUCACGAGGUAAUUCAGGGUAUUCAAGGACAUCCGAGUAUUUUGCCGCGCGAUCGAGUAAUCUCCUUGAGGCCCGAGUGUGCGAGAUCUACGCUUGCUAAAUUCCAAGUGAAGAGAUCUUCAUCGAUCUCCUCCGGAUUCUCGAUCCUCGGCAGAGUAAAUAUAAAGAUCAGUGGUUUUUGAGUUUAUCUCCAGAGCGACUUUAAGAUGGAUACGUCGUUGGUCGUUAUGACAACGCAGGCAAGGAUCCGGCGACCCAGCAAAGCUGACAGAUUCACCUGAAUAGGCGCAGACUUUCCCCUCUUCUUCAGGAAGAAAUAUCCGAAAAAUAAAACACGCGGGAAAAGAAGGAAUGGGCCCUUGGGCCUUCGGCGUACCUCUCGUGUCAACUCUGGGUCUUCUCCUGAAUGGCUACGUUCUCCUUGUCGUUCUUGGUCUUGGUAAACAGACGCAGCAACAGCAGACGGCCAACACUUUACUGCUGAUCCACUUGGGUGCCGUGGAAACGGCUGUGUGCUUGAUAUUGCUGAUCUUCACGACUGGUCCCUGGCCAGUCGCCGGCACGUGGUGCGUUUUCCACGGAUUCCUGUUGGCCUUGCUACACCCGGUCGCUCUUUGGACGGUGACCGGAUUAAACUGCGACAGGUAUUACGCGAUCGCUGCACCGCUGCAUUACGCCGCUUUGGUCUCGCCGCGUCGCGUGGCCGUUGGAUUGGCUGCUUCUUGGACGGGCGCUCUGCUCCUGUGCUUGCCACCGUUUUUCUCUGGUCUGGUGCCACCUUAUGAGUAUAACCAAGGGUUGGGCUGCUGCGCCCCGGAUUUCGGGAACGGCACUUGGGGAUCCGCCGCGGUGCUCUACGGCGCCGUUUACGCCAUUCUGGGUCUGGGGCUGCCGGCCGUCCUCGUGACGGUCUGUAAUAUACGCGUGCUGGGUAUAGCGAGGUACCAUCGGCAUCGUAUCGCCAGCGCGAUCUACGAGGUCACCCUAAGCGCCCAGGUGACCAUCACCCAUCAGCGAAAUCCAUUUUUUGUGCCAACCGUAACCGCACCCUCCGCCGGGGGACCGCCGCGUUUUCACAGCGCUGCCAGCACGGUGAUGCAGUUGGUCGGCUCCUUGUACCUGCUCUACUUUCCUUACUGCGGAUAUAUCCUCUGGGAAGCUUGCAAUACCGGUAAUCAGCAUCGUAUCCAAACCUACUCUAAACUAGCCUCUUUGGCAUCGUUCCUUCUCGCAUGCUCGCCGCCCGUCAACGGCCUUCUCUACGGCUUAAAAUCGCAGACUCUGCGACGUUCCGUGCAAAACUAUUGGCGGAAAAAGGCGACCAAGUCGGAAUUGCAACAGGAGAUACAGGCGAGAACGCCGAGCGUCGCGGGUUCUAGGCGGCCUUCCGGCAGCGGAAACGCUUCCUUCUUCCCGUUUCCACCCUUACAACGUAGGCUUAGCGAGGCGUUAUUGGCUCUUGGCUCAUGCAGAACCGGCAGUAACUUCGAAAGCAAUAAUCUCGGAUUUCAACGCGGCAGACUGCAGCCCGCCGUCUCCUGCAAUACUCUCAGAGUGCCAACCGCCGAAUCAGAAGAGCCGAGAAAAUUGGUGAGGGCGAGCGCGAGUGCCGUCAGUCUGAUGGGUCCCCACUAUCGGAGCGACUUCAUCGGGACGGACUUGGCCGCGGGAUGUUCCAUAGCUAAAUGCGAGACCCCGAGGAAGAGUCCGAAGAUCCUCAUAACGCGCGCGUACAGCGAGGAGAGCCAGGACGGGAGCAGUCCGCUUCUGAUAAAAUCCCUCAAUUCCAAUAUUAACCCACGGCCGUGCGAAAAACACCGAUGGCGGGACUGCAGCACUGGUAGCGAGAGCAGUACGGGAAGCAGCGAUGCGAGCGUCUGGACCACUAACGUGACCCCGAAAUCCGUCAAGGGCAACGCGAGGAAUUCCAUUGAUUGCUGGUCGUCGCGACGAUAUGUACGCGGCAAGAAUUUGGAGGAAGGCUCGCUGUCGACCUCGAUCAGGCCGAACAACAAUAGCGAGAGCAGCGAUACCACGGAUACGACCACAGCCACGACCACUACUACGUUGCUUAAAUCCCUCGCCGUAAUGAAUUUAAUGAUGCAGGAAAAUGGCGAACAGCACGACAAGGAAAAAGAGAAGAUGAACGGUAAUAUUAAGAAGAGAGAAUCCAGCGAAAGUGAAAGCAGUUGGAGCAGCGUCGAGGAGAUCGAGACCAAGGCUAUAACCGAGAGAAAUGACGAAGACGACGGUCUUCGAAGGUCGAGGGAGAAGCUGCAGAUGGGAUUUCCACGGCGAAAGUCAGGGAGCGACAACCGAGAGGUUGCCGAAGUUUCCGAGGACCGAGGCGAGGAGGCUGCGCAGCUGAGGCCUCUCUUGACUCCCUCCUCCUAAGCUUAUCCUCUUAAGUAUAAAUGUAUUUUCCUUUCGGGUAAUCCAUUCGUGUCCCAGACAAAAUGAGAUUCUACCGCGUGUACUUAAGCGACACCGCUAUACGGAACGAAGUCUCGUAAUAGGAGAGAGAGCAUCCAAUCAUGACGCACUUAUUUCGCGAAUCUGCAAAUAUGAAGAGUUAACCGGUCAAUUGCGACACAGCUAUUUUAAUAACCUGUAUUUGUCGACACAAGAGCGAAGAGAGGGGACAUUUGAGAAAUAACUCGUCCAAACGUACAUUUUGUAUCACAAAAGGUGUGAUCGAUUGUUUCUUAUACGUUCCGAUGAGAAAAAUGUAAAAAGAUUUUUGAAGUAAACAAGAGGAUUCGGCGCAGCCUUUACACUCGACAUUAAUAUAUAUCGACACAUAUCUCGAAAUUAUAUUUUUGUACUUUCACUCCGCAACAUUACGUAACGCAACGACGACGUGAAAUCAUCCUUUACAACAAAGAGAAGAAGAAUGAAACUGAUUAACAUACUCACUGGUAAACCUGAUUUCGGAAAGUUUAACGCGCAAAGGGAGAAAAGAAUUAAUUAUCGAUCGUUUCCGAACAUUAUCGACGAAAGUUUUGCAUCAGCGAUCAAUUCAUUCAUGAAAUUUCACCUUUAAUUUGCCAAGAGUCACAGAAACUCGUGCAGGAGCGAAAAGAAAGACAUGGAAAUCGAAUGAGAAUCGAACACCCGAGAAAGUUCUCUUGACAGAUAAAAAUCGAAUCAAGGUGCGAGCUCCAAAGGAAUAAAAUUCAAUGUUCGCAUUAAAUUUAUGUAUCGGGCGCAAAGUCAAAUUCUAUGUAAAAGUAAAUCUUACUUUUGUAAAUGUCAAAUUUUGCUCGUUAUGUAGUUACGAUCGUACUCGGCGUGAAUUUCGUGGCCCUUUUAUGACUCUGAUAUCUACGUGAGAUAUAUAAAUGAGAGAUAUUAAUAAUUUAUUGUAGAUAAGUCAAUUAGUUUAUAGUGAUAAUAGUAGCCGUUGGAAUUGACACUCCAAAAAUUGCGUAGGACAUAAAUGUGCGUACAAAAAUCUAUGUAAAUAAAUAUCUCUGGACAUUUUCUGGACGUUUAACGGUGUUACUUAUGAUACGACAAGAAUGUUUUUCGUUUCGAUAUGUUAGAAACGCGCGAGAGUCGAUCCGUAUUCGCAUAUCUUGUUUAUGAUUGAUACGGAUUACAGACUAGUCAUUCUCUGGUUGCACAGGAUGAAGGAAGAUAAGACAUCGUGCAAAAAUAAGUUGAAACUUACAACCGAAUUUUAUUCCUACUUGGUAGUAAGAAUAAAUUUUUUUCGUACGAGUUUUUUUGUUCGAGAAUAU